GUCCUCCCAGCAGCUCCCAGCCAGAACCAGAGCGAUGGUCUCAGGCUCAGCAGCAGGCAGCAGCAGCUCAUGUUGUCUGCUCGGAGGGAGACCUUCCUGGGUGUCACCUUCAGCGGAGCGCCGGCUGCAGCGAAUCGUCCUGGAGGACCUGAGGCCAGGAUGGAGCAGGAGGCGUGUCCUAAGGAGCUGGGCUCCACCAAUCACCUGCGGCUGCUGCUCUACAUCCUGAUUCCCAGCGUCAGCCUGCUGGGGGCGCUGCUGCUGGGCCUGGCCCUCACAGGGAUGUUUGGGAGAAACCUCCUUGAAUCCAGGCCCUACUCCUCCACAGAGACUAUUGCUGACAACAACUAUGGCUACCAUAGCAACAGCACCACCAGCCCUCCCAUCCCUUUCUACUUGUCAGAGGCUGAAAACGUCACCUCGUCUGUGCGGGUCAAGGCACGCCACGGCCAAAGACCGCUGGCCUACACUCAAGCUCCUACAGCUGCCUCCUCUCAGGCUCCGCCUACACAGCUGUCUACGAAGCUUCCUGAUUGGCUUUCCUCUGUGACAUCACUGAGCACCGCCUGGCCGAUGAGCAGCAGCACCCCGGCAUCCGACACAGGAAGAUGCCAGCUGAUGGUGGAGCCUCAGUGCCACAUGCUGCCCUACAACCAGACCUGGCUGUCCUCCUCCGUCGCCGUGGUGAAGAGCUCAGAGGUGGACAUGUUGCUAAGGUUCUUCAGCUACCUCAGCAGACUCUCCUGCUACAGACACAUCAUGCUGUUCGGCUGCUCGCUGGCGCUGCCCGAGUGUUUGGAGGCCGACGGGACCGACGGCAGGAGGGUGGUGCUGCCGUGCGCCUCCUUCUGCGAGGCGGCGAGGGAAGGCUGCGAGCCCGUCCUGCAGAUGUUCAACGCCUCCUGGCCGGACUUCCUGCGCUGCUCGCAGUUCAGCAGAAACACCUCGUCUCCAACCACAACGUCGCCGCCCUCCUCCCCAUCGCCCGUGGCGACCACAGGCCCGGCGCCGCCGGCGUGUUUCACGCCACGUCAGAUCAAAGGGAAACCCUCUGUGUGCGGCGGGAAGGACAACUACCUGUGUGCGACGGGGAUCUGCGUCGCUCAGAAGCUGGUGUGCAACGGUUACAAUGACUGCGACGACUGGAGCGACGAGACGCACUGCGAGUGUCCUGAGGAAGAGUUUCGGUGUAACACCGGCCGAUGUCUGCUUCCUGCGCUGGUCUGUGACGGUUACGACGACUGCGGAGACCUGAGCGACGAACUGAACUGUGUGUGUAACGUGUCCAGGGAGCAUCGCUGCGGGGACGGCCGCUGUGUCUCCAGGGACUGGCUCUGUGACGGAGACCAUGACUGCCUGGACAAGAGCGACGAGCUCAACUGCUCCUGCAGGAGCCAGGGCCUCCUGGAGUGCAGGAACGGUCAGUGCAUCCCGUCGGCCUUCCGCUGCGACGGCGAGGACGACUGCAGGGACGGCAGCGACGAGGAGCACUGCAGCCGAGAGCAGAACCAGGGUGUGUGCGGUCCCUCUCAGCCCGGCUGCUCGUCGUCUCCCUGCCCACCGGCCUGUGGAGGAGGCGCCGCCGCCUGCGACACCAGAACUAACAACUGCUCGCGCUGUGAGCCCAUCACCCUGGAGCUGUGCAUGAACCUGCCCUACAACCUGACCAGCUACCCCAACUACCUGGGCCACCUGUCCCAGAGGGAGAGCUCCGUGUCCUGGGAGUCCUCGCUGUUCCCGGCACUGGUCCAGACCGGCUGCUACCAGUACCUCAUGUUCUACGCCUGCACGCUGCUGGUUCCAAAGUGCGACCCGCUCAGCCUGCAGAGGGUGCCGCCCUGCAGGUCGCUGUGCCGCAGCGCCAAGGAGAAGUGUGAGUCGGUGCUCGGCAUCGUUGGGCUGCAGUGGCCCGAAGACUCGGACUGCAGCCAGUUCCCAGAGGAAGGAAACUCCACCUGCCUGAUGCCAGAGGACGGAGUGGACGAGUGCUCCCCUAGCCACUUCAAGUGCCGGUCUGGUCGCUGUGUCCUGGCCACCAAGCGCUGCGACGGACACCUGGACUGUGACGACCACAGCGACGAAGACCACUGUGGCUGCUCUGAGCGCGCUCUGUGGGAGUGUCCCGGCAGCACAGUCUGCAUCAAACCCUCGAUGAUCUGCGACGGGUUCCCAGACUGCCCCCUGCAGGUGGACGAGGCUAACUGCUCCGCCUGCAGGGACAACGAGCUGGCCUGCAGCAACCACCAGUGUGUCCAUCGGACGCUGUGGUGUGACGGGAAGAAGCACUGCUCAGAUAGCUCCGAUGAGUGGAACUGUGUCUCUCUGUCCGAUCGGUCCGGCUCGGUUCUGACCGUGUUCAAGACGGCAGCAGAGUACCAGGUCUGUGCAGACGAGUGGAACCCCACCCUGAGCAAGCUGACCUGCAACCAGCUGGGACUAGGGGUUCCCUCCUCUGUUUCCAUGGUACCUGACCAGCCUGGAGUCCCCGGCCGUCGCCGUUGGUUGCACGUCCAUCCAGAGUGGAAUCUGAGGAACGGUUCUGCCCUGCAGGCUCGACUGGAGAAGAGAAGUCACGCCUGUCAUUCCAGACAAAGAGUUUCGGUCCAGUGCUCCAGAGAAGAGUGCGGUUUGCGUCCAGCACUGGGUCUCCAUCCUCACAGGAGGAAACGGAUCCUGGGGGGCCGGGUGUCCCGGCGGGGGGCGUGGCCCUGGCAGUGCUCGCUGCAGAGCGGUCAGAGCGGACACGUCUGCGGCUGCGUGCUAAUCGGCCGUCGGUGGGCUCUGACUGUGGCCCACUGCUUCGAGGGGAGGGAGAACGCUGAGCUGUGGAAGGUGGUGCUGGGCCUGACUAACCUGGACCAUCCGGGAUCUCACAGUCAGAGCCGCAGCGUCCGCUCCAUCAUCGUUCACCCGCGCUACAACAGGGCGGUGGUGGACUACGACAUCAGCGUGGUGCAGCUGGACUCUGAGGUGGAGGAGACGGCCCACGUCAGGCCGGUGUGUCUGCCUCAGCCGGGUCAGCUGCCCUCGCCGGACUCCUACUGUUACAUCAGCGGCUGGGGUCACAUGGGCAACAGGAUGCCCUUCAAGCUCCAGGAGGGGGAGGUCCGCAUCAUCUCCAAGUCUCAGUGCCAGUCCUACUUCGACAUGAAGACUAUAACUCCCAGGAUGCUUUGCGCCGGCUAUGAGGCGGGAACGGUGGACUCCUGUAUGGGCGACAGCGGCGGCCCGCUGGUGUGCGAGGAGCCGGACGGCCUCCACUGGACCUUGUUCGGCCUGACCUCCUGGGGCAGCGUCUGCUUCAGCAAAGUUCUGGGUCCUGGAGUCUACAGCAAUGUGACCCACUUCACCCCCUGGAUCCAGCAGCAGAUCUACAUCCACACCUACCUGACCGACUGACAGCGGGCGGCGGGUCGCUCCAGGGGGAAGUGAUGUCACUGUCGGUACCAACGCAACCCCGGUUCCUGUGAUAAAACUGUAGAGAUCCAUGUGGCGGUACCGGCUGUGAGCAAGCACUCCUUUAUCACCCAACAGGUGCAUGGGGCCCCAUCAGGGGGCCUCUAUAAGGGCCCAGCGGGCCCUCCCAGUACAAACAGAACCAAUUAGGUUUGUCUCAGUUCAAACGGGGCCAAACAUCUAGAACCGCAGGGCCAUAAUGCUCCCCGGGGCCCCUCUUCAGCCCAAUUUUCUGACCUUAUGGGCCCCAGAAGUAAAUGUUUGCUGGAAGUAGAGAAAAACUGAAUGUCUUCUGUUCUCCAGGUUCAGAGGGAUUUUCUAAACUCUGAAUAGAAGCUAAUAUGAAUUAUGACCUUAUUAAUAAAUCGUUUUUAUUUGUUCAAGUCUUAGAACAGCUGAUCCUGAACCUUUGAGAUCAGCUCACUGCUUCAUAAAUAAUAUAAAUCCAUCAAAACCCAAAUCGCUCUGCAGAUUAGAACAUUCUUCCAGUUGAUGUCGUCCGAACUCUAAUCCUCGCUGGUUUUCCUUAAAUAUAAGCAGGUUAUUUUUCUCCUUCAGCCUGUUAGUCUCUAGAAAAAGGAAACAUCAGAUGGGUUUAACUCCAACAGGAACAUUAUUCUUUUAUUAGCAGCUUUAUUUCUGUGGAAUCUAAAUCCGUUUCCACAGAAACAUCCAGGGUCAUCUUAAAAUAUCCCUGAAACAACAAACAACUUCCUGUCUCUCCCUGAUGCGUUCCUGUAGUUUUCCAUGGGAGCCUCUGUUCACCAUCAGCUAUAUUUAAUAACAUCGUUUACUGUUUUUAAAGACAUGAUGAGGUUUUAAUCUCAUUUAAACCUUGCUAAACAUCUGAGGACUCAACGUCCCACAAUGCUUCACUCUUUAGUGCCUGAGUUAAAGUAAAAACAAACUGAAAACAACGAUGUAACGCAGCGGUAUUUUCAGAAGAAGACGUUUCUGUUUGAGACACAAAAACAGGCCAGAUAUGAAACCAAACCGUCUUUAAUCCUGUUGAUUAAAAACCCAAAUAGUGGGGAGUGUUGGCCUAGUGGUUAGAGCCGUGCAUUUGUGCUCAGAGAAGGUUGC